AUGGCUUCGACCAAUUCUACUGAUUAUGUGAUACAAAAUAACAUUUUAAAAUCUUUGGAGGUUCUCGAGAGAAAAGCUAGAAAAGAUUGGGAUAAAAAGUGGAAGUUCUAUUUAGAUUUCAAUAAAUUUAUAUUAGACGAAGCCGCUAAACUAGGUUAUACUGAAAAAGAGUAUAAACGAAUUGUGCAACAAUACAAACACAAACCUAUUUUUUAUCAAGAGGAGUCCGUUACUAUUCCAGUAGAACCUACACAAUUUGUACCUAAAACUUCUUCAGCUUUUGUAGGUUGGAGAGCUGAUAAAAAAUUCUCUUUAGAAAAAUUUGGUCCUUUAUAUAUUAGUCCAAAGGUAACGCUGCCUCAUCAACCUCCAUGUUAUACAAUUUUUCUCGGUUAA